AUGCUAUCAAGUUUAAGAUUUCAUAACGCCAGUAUCAUAAUUCAAUGCCUUGGUGGUUUUUGGUCGGUUGGGUUAGCCUCUAAGAUAUCUGAUAUAUUAUAUACAAAUCUUUUAACAUUAUCCUUCUCCCUCAUACAUUCCUACAGUUCCUCAUUACUUAACACUACCCGAAUCACAAACGACUACAAGCAGUACGCGUUGGAAAUGCCAGAACAAAGUGAAAAGCUCAAAAUUUUAGUCACACAUCCAGCAACUCCACAGGCUGCUAUUGACUUAUUGUCGCGUGACUAUGAGGUAAUCUUUUGCCAAAGUGUGCCGCCGAUACGUUCGGAGAUACUGGAGAAGUGCAACGGUAUGCAUGCUGUAUUAUGGGCCACGCAUCUUCCCCUAGAUAAAGGAAUACUUGAUGCCAUAGGUCCACAACUGAAAGUGGUCUCCACCAGAUCUGGUGGCACUGAUUUUGUAGACGUGGAAGAGUUUAAGCGACGCAAGAUACUGCUCGGUCAUACACCUUCCGUUCAAAACGAUGCUGUAGCAAAUAUGGCGGUUGGUUUGUUAUUGGCAGCAGCGCGUCGUUUCCAUGAAGGACGUCUGAAGAUCGAGACCAACAAUUGGGAGACCUACACUCUAAACUGGUUGCUGGGUCAGGAUUUGCGCGACUCGGUAGUGGGUUUCUAUGGAUUUGGUGGUAUCGCCCAGACGAUUGCUAAGCGGCUGUCCGGUUUUGACAUUGAUAGUGUCCUAUACACCACCCGUAGUCGUGUUUCUGAAGAAAUCGAAAAGCAGUACAAUGCCAAAAAAGUAGAUUUCGACACCAUGCUUGCUCAGAGUGAUUUCGUUAUCAUUGCUUCACCAUUGACGAAGGAGACCGCUGGUGUUUUCAAUGCCACUGCUUUUGGUAAAAUGAAGAAAACUGCCGUGUUGGUAAAUAUUGCACGUGGAGGUGUUGUAAAUCAGCAAGAUUUAUAUGAGGCCCUAAAAACAAAACAGAUAUUCGCCGCCGGCCUGGAUGUGAUGACACCAGAACCAUUGCCUCCGAAUGAUCCUCUCCUGAGUCUGCCAAAUGUUGUGCUUAUGCCUCAUAUAGGUUCGGCUACCAAGCGUACCCGGGACGACAUCGCAGUUCUUGCCGCCAAAAAUAUUUUGCACGGACUUACUGGCAAACCAAUGCCGGCACCCGUAUAUUAAAUAUCCAUGCAACUUAUACUUGUAUAAUUAGUAAAUUAGACUUGAGAGUUUGUAGGAGUUAUAUCUGUAGCACAUAGUUUUAUAUGUUGUUGGAAUGAGACCAGAAUAAAAAAAAAUUCUUUCUAACCUAA